AACCUAUAAUUAUUAACAGUGACGAUACAUAUACUGAUAGUUCUAAUAAUUAUGAAUCUAUUGCAAGUUAUAAUUCUGCUGAUGAUUAUAAACCUAUAUAUAAAGAAUCUGAAAGAGAAAUUCCAGUUGUCAAUUUAUCUGAACCAAUCUCAUAUUCGCUUUUUGAUGAUUAUGAAGUAAAAGUAGUCAAUCAUGAUAGUGGAAAUUCUGAUUACAAAGAUAAUUCAUCAUUGGCAAACUUAAUUACUGAAAACUUAAGGGUUGGAGAAGUUAGAUAUUCUGCUUUGCCAAUAGAAUAUCCACCUACCUCAGAGCAAAGCAUUGCAAUUGUGUUUAAUAUAGAAUCCUGGGAUAGUGUUGUUAGUUGA